AUGGGCACGAUAGAGAAGCGUAAACAAAGCAUUGCAGCGCUGACCUCUAAUACUACUGGAGAGAUUCGGAAUCCUCUGGUCGACCUUUCCAGGGAACAACUGAUGCAUGAUGUUGAAGAAUAUGCUACCAGUCAUAAUCUCAGCGAGCUUUUGCCUCAGUUGCGUACAGGAGCUCUAGCUGCUCAGAAUCCGUUUACAUUCGAGACAAUGCCCGAAUUCAACGAAGAAGAAUUGGAACUACUACGCCACGAAAUCACUAAUAAGUGGCGCCAACCUAGGAUUCUGUACUUUACUAUCCUCUUGAACUCAAUUGCAGCUGCCAUCCAAGGUUGGGAUCAGACAGGUUCCAAUGGAGCAAAUUUGUCUUUUCCUGAUGCUUUUGGCAUAGACGAAGGCCCUGAUGGUCCCUGCGCAGCAGCUGGUAAAUGUGAAAGCAACCAGUGGCUUGUUGGCUUCAUCAAUUCAUGCCCUUACUUCGCAAUUUUCCUAUGUGCGGCGUGGAUAUCAGAUCCGUUGAAUCAUUGGCUGGGUCGCCGCCAUGUUAUCUUUAUUGCUGCUAUCUUUUCCCUCUUUGCACCCAUAGGAAUGGCAGUCACCCAAAAUUGGCAGCAGCUCCUUGUCACGCGUCUCCUGCUUGGUAUUGGCAUGGGUUUGAAAGAGGUGACCGUCCCUGUGUUUUCUGCUGAGGUGGCCCCAACUAUGAUUCGUGGUGGUCUCGUGAUGUCCUGGCAGCUCUGGACUGCCUUCGGCAUCUUCCUGGGUACUUGUGCCAACCUGGCCGUCAAGGAUACCGGAGAUCUAUCAUGGAGAUUACAGCUAGGCUCAGCUUUUAUUCCAGCAGUCCCGCUCGUGAUAGGAAUCUACUUCUGUCCCGAAUCUCCUAGAUGGCUUAUGUCGAAAGGAAGACACUCGCAAGCCUACAAAUCUUUACUCCGGCUUCGAGGGUCAUCGCUCUUAGCUGCCCGAGAGCUCUAUUACGUCCAUGCUCAAAUGCAAUAUGAGGAGUAUCUUGUGGCAGCGUCCGGAGUUGCUGUAAGGGCGAACUUCUUCACACGUGUUAUUGAAUUAUUCACAAUUCCUCGAAUUCGGCGAGCAGUUCAGGCAUCUGGUAUUGUCAUGAUUGCCCAACAAAUGUGUGGAAUCAACAUUAUUGCCUUCUACUCAUCAACGAUUUUUGCUCAAGCAGGUGCAUCGGUCACCGGCGCCCUCCUUGCUUCCUGGGGAUUUGGGCUGAUAAACUUCAUUUUCGCCUGGCCUGCGGUAUGGACGAUUGAUACCUAUGGUCGACGCACCUUACUACUCUUUACGUUCCCGAAUAUGUGCUGGACUCUACUUGCAGCAGGGCUUUGUUUUCUAAUCCCCGCCGGUACGGCCCACCUAGCACUAGUGGCGUUGUUUGUCUAUCUUUUCGACGCAUUCUAUUCCCCUGGUGAGGGUCCAGUACCUUUCACCUACUCCGCAGAAGUUUUCCCAUUAUCACACCGUGAGGUGGGCAUGUCAUGGGCUGUUUGUACCAAUAACUUCUGGGCAACGGUUGUUUCAUUGACAUUUCCCCGGCAACUAAGGGCCUUUGGAUCGACGGGAGCCUUCGGAUUCUAUGCUGCGAUGAACGCAGUCGCAUUCGUGAUGAUUUUCCUCUGGCUACCAGAGACGAAACAAAAAUCUCUCGAGGAACUCGAUUAUGUAUUCGCCGUGCCAACACGAACUCAUAUGAACUACCAGCUCUACCAGGUUCUCCCUUACUGGUUCAAAACCCAGAUUUUGCGACGCAAAGGGCUUACCAGCCCACAGCUCUACAAAUUUGAUCAGGGUCGGGAUGAAGUUGUGCAACAUCCCUCGAAAGCAGGAGAUGCGUAG